UGUCGCACGGGGCCGCGGCGGCGGCGGGGCCAUGGCGGUGGUGGAGGCGGCGGAGGCGACGGUGCCAUGCCGGGUGCAGUACCUGGAGGACGCGGAUCCCUUCGCCUUCGGCAGCUUCCCGGAGCCCCGGCGAGCCCCGGUGUACGCCUUGGAGGAGGCGCUGGCCCUGGGAGCGCAGCUGCCCGCGCUGCACCGCCUGGUCGGGUGCCCGCUGCCGCUGGAGGACUGCACGCUGCAGGUCUCACCCUCUGGACACUACCUGGACCUUGACUUGUCCCUGCUGGAACAGAAGGAUGAUCUGGAGGGUUUCUAUGAGGAGGUCAGGAAGGGUAGACGGCCAACCCUGAUCCUGCGCACGCAGCUCUCUGUCCGAGUCCACGCCAUCAUCGAGAAGCUGUACAACUCACAGGGGCCAGAGCUGCGGAGGUCCCUCUUCUCCCUGAAGCAGCUCUUCCAGGAGGACAAGGACCUGGUGCCAGAGUUUGUGAACCUGGAGGGAUUGACAUGCCUGAUCAAAGUGGGGGCAGAGGCCGACCAGAACUACCAGAAUUACAUCCUCCGGGCCUUGAGCCAGAUCAUGCUCUUCAUGGACGGGAUGCAGGGUGUCAUCAACCACAAUGAGACUGUCCAGUGGCUGUACACAUUGUCAGGAAGCCCAUUUCGCCUGGUGGUGAAGACAGCACUGAAGCUGCUCCUGGUGUUUGUGGAGUACACAGAGCCCAACGCCUUACUGCUCAUCCGUGCCGUCAAUGCCGUGGACCAGGCGAAAGGUGCCUGUCCAUGGUCCAACCUAAUGGCCAUCCUGGAGCAGCGCAAUGGGGCUGACACGGAGCUGCUGGUGUUCACCAUGACACUGAUCAACAAGACGCUGGCAGCCCUCCCAGACCAGGACACCUUCUACGACGUGACCGACUGCCUGGAACAGCAGGGCAUGGAGCAGGUGGUGCAGCAGUACCUGGGCAGCAAGGGCACCGACCUCGACUUGAAGCAGCAAUUCACGCUCUACGAGAGCGCUCUCAAGCUGGAGGAUGAUGUGGAAGAGCCGCCCCUAGGGGGACGCAAAGAGCGGAGGAGGACAGAUGAGGGCCGGCGUGGGUGGCGAUCCCAGGGUGGCUCCCAGGAUCCCAGUGCCGAUGCCCACCCACUGCUGGGGUCUCCUGGCACUCCAAAGGAGCCCCCAGCUGAGGAUGUCUUGCCUAUCCCUGCACCGAACAGCCCAGCAGAAUCCUGUCCCACCAGCAUCUACAACAGCACAUCCAGCGUGCGGCUUGCCCUGGCCUCCCCCCCGGCUGAGAAGGAGCAGCCCCCAGGCCCAGGAGAGCGCAGCGUCUACAAAGCUCGCUUUUUGGAGAACCUGGCUGCAGCCCAGAAGGAGAAGAUCUCUUCCAUGGCCAAGGGACGGCUUGAUGUCCUCAGCGAUACUACACUGGAGCAUCCUACUGCUCUUGCAUGGGAAAGAGACCAUGGCACCUCUGAUUCCGGGAUGGAGCCACCCAACAUAAGGUCUCAUUUGGCUCGAUCUGACAUCACUGACUCCUGCAGCACCAUCUCCUCUGACACCAAGUUUAUGCUGGACAUGCUCUAUGCCAAGGGCUCCUCAGAGUCAGGAAGGGAGAAGAUGUUCCAUGAAAUACCUUUAUCCUCCCAGAUCCAGGGUGAGACAGAGAUGGACACCCAGGGAAGUAGCAGCCAGGAGCAGGAGAGUGCCCGGCACUGUGGCAGGGCUCCAGAUGGGCCAGUAGCCAGUGCCCAUGCCAAGCUGGUACGUGCCAUGUCCAGCAUAGAUGAUGAGACCCACACACAGAAGCUGGAGAACACCGGGAUGAUGCCCAUCAAAAAGGACACAGAGCUGACAUGGGAGCGUCUGGAGACCAUCCCUGUGCAGCUGAAGAUCAAGGACCUGGACUUCACUGAUUUGGGGGAAGAAGAAGAUUUUGACAUCCUGGACACAGGGCCAGUGACCAAUGGGUCUUUCCUCCCUCCUGGCAUUGAAGCAAUGAGUGCUGGAACGUUCAUGGCUCCUCCUCCACCUCCUGCCCUCCCUGGUUGCUCACCACCUCCACCUCCUGCCCUCCCUGAUUGCCCACCACUACCACCUCCACCUCCUGCCCUCCCUGGCUGCCCACCACCACCACCUCCACCUCCUGCAGUCCCCAUCUGCCCACCCCCACCAGGGCUGCCAAGUCCCUCAACAACAGAUGGUCCCUCCCAGGCUAAGAAGAAGAGGACAGUGAAGCUCUUCUGGAAGGAGCUGAAGCAGCUGGAUGGCACUGUGGGGCCUGGCAGGUUUGGCCAGGGGACACUCUGGGCAUCCCUACAGAAUGUCGAGGUCAAUGCUGCCAAACUGGAGCAUCUCUUUGAGUCACGGUCAAAGGAAGCACCAACCUCAAAGAAAGCCAUUGAUGGGAAGAAGGUAGUGGUGGUGUUGGACCCCAAGAGGAGCAACGCCAUCAACAUUGGCCUCACCGUGCUGCCGCCCAUCCAUAUAAUCAAGACAGCCGUGCUCAACUUUGAUGAGUUUGCAGUCAGUAAGGAAGGGAUUGAGAAAAUCCUAACCAUGGUCCCAACUGAAGAGGAAAAACAGAAGAUCCAGGAGGCCCAGCUGGCCAAUCCUGAUGUGCCUCUGGGCUCUGCAGAGCAGUUCCUGCUCUCCCUGUCUUCCAUUAGUGACCUCACAGCGAGGCUCCAGCUCUGGGCCUUCAAGCUAGACUAUGAGUGCCUGGAGCAGGAGAUCGCAGAGCCGCUCUUUGAUCUGAAGUUAGGCAUGGAGCAGCUGGCCAGAAAUCACACAUUCAAGUGCAUCUUGGCCACACUGCUGGCCAUGGGCAACUUCUUGAAUGGUUCCCAGAGCAGAGGCUUUGAGCUCGGAUACCUGGAGAAGGUCUCAGAAGUGAAGGACACAGUACACCGGCAGUCCCUGCUCUACCAUCUCUGCCAGAUGGUGGUAGAGAAGUUCCCAGAAACCACUGACCUCUACUCAGAAAUUGCCUCCAUCACCCGCUCUGCCAAGGUUGACUUUGAAGAGCUGGCCAACAGCCUGGUGCAGCUGGAGCGGAGGUGCAGGGCCUCCUGGCACAACCUGAAGGUGAUUGCCAAGCAUGAGACUAAGCCAGUGCUGAAGACCAAGCUGACAGAGUUCCUCAAGGAUAGCACCCAGCGCAUCAUCGUCCUGAAGGUGGUGCACAGGCGUGUCCUGAACAGAUUUCACUCCUUCCUGCUGUACCUGGGGUACCCAGCGAGUGCGGCGCGGGACAUGAAGGUGACAUCCAUCUGCAAACUGCUGCGGGAGUUCGCCUUGGAGUACCGCACCUGCCGGGAGCGCGUCCUGCAGCAGCAGAAGAAACGUGCCGCCCACCGCGAGCGCAGCAAAACCCGGGGACGGCUCAUCACCGAGACUGAGAAAUUCUCCGGCAUUGCCGAGGCAGUUCUGCCACCUGCUGUGGUGUCCAGCAGCCCCAAGGAGCAGAUGGAGGCGGGUCAUGAGAGCAUGAAGAUUGUGCUGACCUCCCCCACAGAUAUCCCUGCCCGCCGCAGCCGAGCCAGCCAGGGAACAGGGCAUGGCACUCCGACCCAGAGCUCUCCAGCCCAGGAAGAUGUUCCCAGCUCACCUGAUGAUGCUUCAGAUGAAAUCAUGGACCAGCUGGUGAAAUCAGUGACUCACAAUGCCAACCCCCGACCCUGCCCCAACAAGGAACGCAGAAGGUCCCGUGUGAAUAGGAAGUCUUGUAAGUCCCAUCCCUAUGUCCUUGUGCCCUGUUCCAUCUCUGUUCCCAUGCUCUGUUCCUCUACUCUGUCCCAUCUCCGUGUCCCUAUCCCAUGUCUGUGUCUCUGCUCAGAUGCUUUUUCCCAUCUCUGUGUCCCUGUCCCCUUACCCUUUCCCAUCUCUUUGUCUCUGUUGGCAUGCCCUGUCCAAUCUCUCUUCCAAGGCUCUGCCCAAUCCCCAUACUCCCUCUCAUCUCUGUCCCUGUUGCUGUCUUCUGUUCCAUCUCCUUUUCUCUGUACUCUCUCUGUAUGCCUCGUCCCAUCUCCCUGUCUCUGGGAUCAGUCCCCAUGCCUUGUCCUUUGUGUCCUUGCUCCCAUGCCUUGUCUGGCUUCUUCCCCGUGGGCCACCCAUGACCUGACAUGCUGAGCCCACCAGACAGGAUGUACCCUGAGACCAGUCCAUGCCACUGCACCCCAUUAGCCUGGCCCUGUCUGGGCAGGCCCCCAGUGCCUGGGUACUCUGGCACCCAGUGUUGCUUGUGCUGCCAGUGCCACACUCUCCUCU